GACAAGAAAAGUAAGAACAUUUGAUUUGAUAUAAUCUAAUCCGAUUUUAACUCAAAGUAUGCUUAUUUCUCUUUAUUAUGUGAGUAAUAAAUGUUAGGAAUAAACAUAUAAAUAAGGGACGGAGGGAGUAUGAAGUAAAUUUCAAGAAUAAGGCGAAGAAAAUAACACUUCAAUUAGUUAAUUUGCUUGAAAAAAAAAAAGUAGAUGUAGAAUGAAGUGGCAGGCUAACAGAUAAGAAGCUACGAGUAACAGACAGCAGAAGUCCUGUUAUCUCAAACUGAAACCUCGUUAUUUUCUCUCCCCUCCAUUUAUGCCCUCACUCCUUUCAUGGCUUCUUUACCUUCAGUUGCUGUCAAUGGCAAUCUCAAACUCGACCCUGACUUACGAAAGUCAACAUCCAUCUACGAAAAGAGUCCAAGUGUUAGCUACCCAAAUGUUAACUUGGAGAAAAGUUUCAUAACUUUAAAAGAGGCAUUAUCUACCUUUAAUGAAGGUACACAAGUUGAAUCUUCAUUCUAUGUUCCCUUGUUGCAAGAAUGUGUUGCGAAACGAUCUUUGUCGAAUGCUCGAAUGGUGCAUGCCCACAUUGUUAAAACUGGAACCCAUGAAGAUACAUUUGUUAUGACUUUUCUUAUAAAUGUGUAUGCUAAAUGUGGGCGGAUGGAGUAUGCACAAAAGGUGUUUGAUCGAUUGCCUGGGAGAAAUGUUGUUAGUUGGACAGGGCUUAUGACGGGUUAUGUUCAUGACUCGCAGCCUGAGGUAGCCAUUCGAAUUUUUGUAGAUAUGUUGGAAGUUGGGGCGUACCCAACGAGUCAUACAUUUGGGACGUUAUUAAGUGCUUGUUCAUCUAUGUUACUUGUAAAAUUGGGGAAGCAAAUCCAUGCCUACAUUGUUAAAUAUGGUAUAGAAUCUGACACGAGUGUUGGUAAUGCCCUUUGUAGCUUUUACUCCAAGUGUAGAAGGUUGUCUUCGGCUGUUGAUACAUUUAGAAGGAUAGAAGAUAAGAAUGUUGUCUCAUGGACCACGGUUAUUUCUGCUUGUGGUGAUAAUGGGGAUCCUAUGAUGGGUGUAAGGUAUUUUAUGAUGAUGCUGUCUGAAGAUAUUGAGCUUAAUGAGUUCACAUUCACUAGCAUCUUGAGUUUGUGCUGUGUAAUGCACGCUUUGGAAGUAGGGAGGCAAAUUCAUUCCUUGAGCGUCAAACAAGGGUUUCAAGGGAACCUGCUAAUUGAUAAUUCCAUAAUGUACUUGUACUUGAAAUGUGGAUUGAUUGAUGAAGCAAAAAGACUAUUUGAUGAGAUGGAUUCUGUCAGCUUGGUUACAUGGAACGCUAUGAUAGCAGGCCAUGCCCAAAUGAUGGAUCUUGCCGAGAAUCGGAUUUCUGCUCACCAAAGUGGAAAUCAGGGAUUAAAUAUCUUUUUGAAGAUGAAUAGAUCUGGUAUAAAACCAGACCUUUUCACCUUGUCAAGUGUCCUGAGUAUAUGUAGUUCUCUGGUGGCGUUGGAUCAAGGGGAACAGGUUCAUGCUCAGACCAUAAAGAGCGGGUAUUUGACUGAUGUUAUUGUGGGAACUUCCCUGCUUAAUAUGUACAAUAAGUGUGGCAACAUUGGCUACGCUGCCAAGGCUUUUGGAGAGAUGCAUACGAGGACCAUGAUAUCUUGGACAUCUAUGAUCUCAGCUUUUGCCCAACAUGGCCGAUCACAGGAAGCAUUACAAUUAUUCAAGGAAAUGUUAGUAGCUGGAGUGAAACCAAAUAAGAUCACGUUUGUUGGUGUAUUAGCUGCUUGUAGCCAAGCCGGCCUGGUUAAUGAGGCCUUAGAAUACUUUGAAAUGAUGAAGAAAAGCUACAAGAUUAAACCAAUAAUGGAGCAUUAUGCAUGUUUGAUAGACAUGUACGUAAGGCUAGGGCAAUUGGAGGAAGCCUUUGCUCUGACCAAGAAGAUGAAUAGUGAACCCAAUGAAGUGAUCUGGUCAAUUUUGUUUGGAGGUUGUAGAAAUCAAGGAAAUAUGGAAUUAGGCUGUUAUGCUGCUGAACAAUUGCUCAAGUUGAAGCCGAAAGAUAAAGAGACCUAUAUUCUAGUGUUAAACAUGUAUAUUGCAGCUGAAAGAUGGCAGGAUGUCUCAAGAGUAAGAAAAUUGAUGAAAAAUGAAAAGCUUGGAAAGUUGCAGGAUUGGAGUUGGUUAAGUAUCAAGGAUAAAGUUUACUCAUUUUCACCAAAAAACUGGUCGUAUCCUCAUAAAACAGAGGUCGAGCAAUACUUGAGCGUGUUGCUUGAUGAGUUCAAGAGUAAGGGAUAUCAGUCUCAAAGCACGCUAGUAGUUGACGGGGAGGACAAUGAAGCAGAACCUGCAUCGUCUGUACAUCACAGUGAAAAGUUAGCCAUUGCUUUUGGAUUGUUGCAGACAAGUAAAGGAAAUCCACUAAGAAUUGUCAAGAAUAUUAGUAUGUGUAGGGAUUGUCAUACAUUCAUCAAGUUUGUCUCUGAAAUUACUGACCGUGAAAUCAUAGUCCGUGAUAGUAAGCGACUCCAUAGAUUUGUCGAUGGACAUUGUUCUUGUGGAGAUUUUGGCAAUCUGCUAUAAUUUAACUAUUUUCUGUUU